CUCACAUCUUAAAUCCAUUUUUUUCUCAACUGUAUGUUCUUCAACCACCUCUCAAAUUUCUUCAAUUUCCCCUAAAUUAACACUGUGAAAUUUUCAUGGCAACUUCACAACAACCCGAACCAACACCGGACGCGGUUACCGCCACAUCUCUCCCCAAUUUCCUCCUCUCAGUAAAACUAAAAUAUGUCAAAUUAGGCUACCAUUACUUGAUCUCACACGGUAUGUACCUCUUGUUAACCCCUAUCAUCGUAGCGGUCUCGAUCCAUAUAUCAACGCUCACUACGCGCGAUAUGGUUUAUCUAUGGGACCAACUCCGGUUCAAUUUAGUCACCGUCUCACUUUGCUCCGCGUUAUUAGUGUUUCUAGCUACGCUUUAUUUCAUGAGUAGACCGCGGAAGGUGUACCUUGUGGAUUUCUCCGCUUACAAGCCCGAAGAUGCGCGUAUUGUGACGCGAGAGAUAUUCAUGGACCGGUCCACUAGAGCUGGAACGUUUACCCAAGAGAAUUUAGCGUUCCAGAAAAAGAUUCUGGAACGGUCUGGGUUAGGUCAGAAGACGUACUUUCCUGAAGCGGUGUUACAGGUGCCUCCGAAUCCUUGUAUGGCGGAAGCGAGGAAGGAGGCGGAGAUGGUGAUGUACGGAGCCAUCGAUGACUUGUUGGCGAAAACCGGAUUAAAAGCGAAAGAUAUUGGGAUUUUGAUAGUGAAUUGCAGCUUGUUUUGUCCUACACCAUCCUUAAGUUCCAUGAUUGUGAACCGUUACAAGCUUAGAGGGAAUAUUAUGAGUUAUAAUCUUGGUGGAAUGGGUUGUAGUGCUGGAUUGAUAGCUAUUGAUCUAGCAAAGCAACUUCUGCAGGUGAACCCGAAUUCAUACGCACUGGUUGUUAGCAUGGAAAACAUAACAUUAAACUGGUACUUCGGAAACAACCGAUCAAUGCUUGUGUCUAACUGUCUCUUUCGAAUGGGAGGAGCUGCGGUUUUGUUGUCGAACCGGUCUUCUGAUCGUCGACGUUCAAAAUACCAACUCAUUCACACGGUCCGUACACAUAAAGGUGCGGACGACCGAUGUUACAACUGUGUGUUCCAAGAAGAAGACGAAAACAAGAAAAUCGGUGUGGCGCUUUCAAAAGACCUCAUGGCGGUUGCGGGUGAAGCUCUAAAAACAAACAUCACCACACUCGGCCCGUUAGUGCUUCCUAUGUCCGAACAAUUAUUGUUUUUCGCAACAUUAGUUGCGCGCAAAGUGUUCCAGAUGAAAAUCAAACCCUACAUCCCGGAUUUCAAACUCGCAUUCGAGCAUUUUUGCAUACACGCGGGAGGGAGAGCGGUUCUCGAUGAGCUAGAAAAGAAUCUUGACUUAUCCGACUGGCAUAUGGAGCCGUCGAGAAUGACGUUGAACCGAUUUGGGAACACUUCAAGCAGCUCGUUGUGGUACGAAUUGGCUUAUUCGGAAGCCAAGGGUAGGAUCCGGAAGGGUGAUAGGGCAUGGCAAAUUGCUUUCGGCUCGGGUUUUAAGUGUAAUAGUGCGGUCUGGAAGGCGUUAAGGACGAUUAAUCCGGCUAAGGAGAAGAACCCGUGGACGGAUGAGAUCGAUGAUUUCCCGGUUCAUGUUCCUAAGAUUGAGAAGAUCAGUUCAUAAUUUUACCAAGUUGUUCAGAAUUUUGUGGAUUUUGGUAUGUAAAAUAUAGACAUUGUUGUGUUGUUAUUGUAGAAAGUCAAAGAGGCAAUUGCAUUUGACUUUGAAUUAUGAUGUAUUGAAUUUUAUUUUAUACUUGAUUUUAAAAUCA